AUGCUCGCCCGCGCUCUGCUGCUGUGCGCCGCCCUGGCGCUCUGCCACGCAGCAAAUCCUUGCUGUUCGAACCCAUGUCAAAACCGUGGUGUAUGCAUGAGCGUAGGAUUUGACCAGUAUAAGUGUGACUGUACCCGAACAGGAUUCUCUGGUGAAAACUGCUCAACACCUGAAUUUCUGACAAAAAUAAAAUUACUGCUGAAGCCCACUCCAAACACAGUGCACUACAUACUUACCCACUUCAAGGGAGUCUGGAACAUUGUCAAUAACAUUCCCUUCCUGAGAAAUGCAAUCAUGAAAUAUGUGUUGACAUCCAGAUCACAUUUGAUUGACAGCCCACCAACUUACAAUGCACACUAUGGCUACAAAAGCUGGGAAGCCUUUUCUAAUCUUUCCUAUUAUACCAGAGCUCUUCCUCCUGUGGCUGACAACUGCCCAACACCCAUGGGUGUGAAAGGGAAGAAAGAGCUUCCUGAUUCAAAAGAGCUAGUGGAAAAAUUUCUUCUAAGAAGGAAGUUCAUCCCUGAUCCCCAGGGCACAAAUAUGAUGUUUGCAUUCUUUGCCCAGCACUUCACACAUCAAUUUUUCAAGACAGAUCAUAGGCGAGGACCAGCUUUCACCAAAGGACUGGGCCAUGGGGUGGACUUAAAUCAUGUUUAUGGUGAAACUUUGGAUAGACAGCAUAAACUACGCCUUUUCAAGGAUGGAAAAAUGAAAUAUCAGAUAGUUGAUGGAGAGAUGUAUCCUCCCACAGUCAAAGAUACUCAGGUCAAGAUGAUCUACCCGCCUCACGUCCCUGAACAUCUGCAGUUUGCUGUGGGCCAGGAGGUCUUUGGCCUGGUGCCUGGUCUGAUGAUGUAUGCCACAAUUUGGCUUCGGGAACAUAACAGAGUAUGUGAUGUACUUAAACAAGAGCAUCCAGAAUGGGACGAUGAGCAGUUAUUCCAGACGAGCAGGCUAAUACUGAUAGGAGAAACUAUUAAGAUUGUGAUUGAAGACUAUGUACAACACUUGAGUGGCUAUCACUUCAAACUGAAGUUCGACCCAGAGCUGCUUUUCAACCAACAAUUCCAGUACCAAAACCGAAUUGCUGCUGAGUUUAAUACACUCUACCACUGGCAUCCCCUUCUGCCUGACACCUUUCAAAUUGACGACCAGGAAUACAACUAUCAACAGUUUGUCUACAACAACUCUAUAUUACUGGGACAUGGACUCACCCAGUUUGUUGAAUCAUUCAGCAGGCAAAUUGCUGGCAGGGUUGCUGGUGGCAGGAAUGUUUCACCUGCAGUACAACAAGUAGCUAAGGCCUCCAUUGACCAGAGCAGACAGAUGAAAUACCAGUCUCUUAAUGAGUACCGCAAACGCUUCCUAAUGAAGCCCUACCAAUCAUUUGAAGAACUAACAGGAGAGAAGGAAAUGGCUGCGGAGUUAGAAGCCCUCUAUGGUGACAUUGAUGCCAUGGAGCUGUAUCCUGCCCUUUUGGUAGAAAAGCCUCGCCCAGAUGCCAUUUUUGGUGAGACCAUGGUAGAACUUGGAGCACCAUUUUCCCUGAAAGGACUUAUGGGUAAUCCCAUAUGUUCUCCUGAGUACUGGAAGCCUAGCACUUUUGGUGGAGAAGUAGGUUUUAAAAUCAUCAACACUGCCUCAAUUCAAUCUCUCAUCUGCAAGAAUGUGAAGGGCUGUCCUUUUACUUCAUUCAGUGUUCAAGAUCAACAGCUCACCAAGACAGCCACCAUUAAUGUAAGCUCUUCUCACUCUGGACUAGAUGACAUCAAUCCCACAGUACUACUAAAAGAACGUUCAACUGAACUGUAGAAGCCUAUUGGGUCAUAUUUAUUUAUUUAUAUGAACUAUUUCUUUUAACUUAAUUAUUUAAUAUUUAUAUGAAACUCCUUAUUUACUUAACAUCAUCUGUUAAGGAGAAAGGGGUCAAACUUGUGAAGAUUUUGUCACCAUUUUAAAGAUGUCUUCUUCAAGUUAAAGGGAAAACCAGUUUUCAUUCUUUUUGACAAACCAUUGGGAAAUGAGUUUGACAUCUUUUUUACUUGAAUUUCAAUUUGUAUUAUAAUAAGAGAAAAGCAAAGAUGUUUGAACAUUGGAAUGCUGUUCUAAGAUGGCAAAACACUGCAGGUUUCUUUCUACACUAUUGAUAUUUCCAUUGUAUCUUCAUUGAUGCAUUAGAAGCAACUACCUGCACACUGUUCCUUUUAAUUCUUUUAGCCAUUUUGCUGAGAAACUCUCUCUGACUAGUUCUUCUCUUUUGUUUUUCUAGUUUUAGGAUCUGAGUUUGUUUUUCUUCGACUCUGUCUCUAUUUUCUUAUCUGAACUUUUGCAGUUUUCGGGAAAACCUCAGCUCAGGACUACUAUUUAGCUCCUCUUAAGAGUAAUAAAAGAAAAAAAAAGCCUUUAAGUGAAAGGCAGAAAACUUUAUAAUAAUAAAUUGUAACUAUGUGUAACAGAAGAAGCCUACAAAAUGACUAAUGCCUUAGAACUCUAGGGGUUUCUUGACAGGAAGAAAGGUAUAUUCCUAUUCUAAUGAAUAUCCUUUCUUGGUGAAAAACACCACCAAACAAUCCCUGAGUAGUUCCCAGGAAGAUAUGCUUCUUUUCCACAUCUCAUUGUCAGCUGACAUUUUCUGGUACUGUAUAUUACUUAAUUUAAUUUAUUGAGGAUUAUUUAUGUUUUGUUAGGAUGUGGUUAUAAACUGAGUUUAAGGCUGCGAUCAUUGAUUUUUUUGUAUUAUGUCAGAAUCAAUAUAUCUUCCUUGAGAUUACCUCUCUGAACUAUUAUGUAAACUACAAGAGAACUAUUGGAUUAAGAUUUGUGAGCAAAUGUUCAGGAACACAUCUCCACUAUACUGAGAUAGGUAUGGUUGGAAUUUAUGCCUUUAAGGGUUUACUUAUACACCAGCCCACAGAGUACACUGUACACUGUAUCUCAUUAGCCUGGAUGUGCCAUUAGACUGACCUAUAAUACAUUUUUGAAGGACCUGUGGAUGCUUCAUUAAUUUAUUCAACUAUAAUUUAUUGAGGAGACUUUCUGUGCAAAAUACUGUAGGUUUUAAUAUUUGUAAAUCAAACACUGAUUAUACCAGGAUUUAUGUAAAUAAUUGAAAACAUGCCUCUUAGGCAGAGGGAGAAAAUGAAAUUUCAUUAAAAAAAUAACUCAGGGGAAUUUUUAAGAUUUUAUGUUUAAAAGAUUUAUGGUUAAGAAAGAAAUAGUCAAUAGUAGAAGGGAUUUAAUAAGAAAAAUGAUUUUUAAAAAAAUUGAUUUGUUACUAACAUCAAUCUUCUGACUGGAUCUGGGAAUUUGGAAUGUAUGUGAAUGUUUUGGUGACUCAGAUGAAUGUGUAUUUAAAUUAACUUAUGUAAAAUACAAGUGUUGAAACAAA